GUCAACGUUGUUACAUCUCUGGAUGGGGCAGACUGCAAAGUGGGGGAUCAACGCCAAAUGUCUUACAGGAAGCUCAAGUUCCCAUUGUAACUCCACAACAAUGCAAAGAAUCAUACGGCAGCUCGAGUAUUACUGAUAGAAUGCUGUGCGCUGGAUAUUCUCAAGGUGGUACCGACACUUGCCAAGGUGACAGCGGAGGUAAGACUUAAGAAUAGAUAUGAUUUGUUCGUCACAGUCAAAACGACAUGAUAGCAACCAUUACGCUAACCGUUAUACCAGUUACAGUAGUACUAGUCGUAGAUUUAUUCAACCUUCCCCUAGGGCUUUUCAGGUUUAAAUUACAAUAUUACGUCUUGAAAUUUACAAUAUAAAUAGCGAAUAGCUAUUAUAAGUUAUUACAUAUAAUAAAAUGUUAAAAGUACAUUAUAAGGACCAUGUACAUCAUAAAAUCUAAAAAUAUGUUCCUUUCAAAGUUGAGUAGUUCAGCAAAAGCCAGAUCGACUAAAACCACAGAAAAGAAUUACCGGCUUCGGAAUAAAGAAUAAACGCAUUUUACCCAUGCAUAUGGCACCUAAUGGCUUUACUUAAAACUUAUUAAAAAAAAACUUUAAAAUCUGUAAUGGACUUCAACGAAACUUUCCCAGAUCUACAAUCCAGGCCAAAACUCAUGUGGACACUUGACACUUCUUAUUUGAUAAAAAAUCGCAUUCAACAUUGGCUUGUAGUGGGGGAAUAAUUAUUCAGAAAAAACACCACUCGAGUACAAUGUCUGUGGGUUGUCCACAACAUUUUGGCCAGGAUUGUAGUUGCCCCAUAUAAUUGCCCCGGUAUAAGAGUUCAAACCUGCAAAGGUAUAGUGUGCCACUAAUCAUUUAAAGGCAAUCGUUAAAUCGACCUAAUUCAAAUAAAUGUUGUCUUCCGUUCAUAGGUCCACUUGUUUGUCAACAUAGUGAUCGUUCAUGGUAUCUUACUGGUGUGACGAGCUGGGGUCGUGGGUGUGCAUCUGCCGGAUACUAUGGAGUUUAUGCUCAUGUUGCCAACCUUUACCCCUGGGUGAAGCAAGUUACAGGCCUUUGA